UGGGGAGGAGCAUAAUUACAAGGUAGCCCAUCUCCCCAGAGACUGAAAUUGAUUGGUUUAAGAAAGCUGAUCGAUCAAAAAGACAUGGUUUUGUUGGUGUCUACUGUCCUCUUUCUCUAAUGGGUUUGCUUCUGUCUUCUUCAUAACGCUCCUCAGCCCCACCUUACUGGCAAAAGGUUAAUCAAAGAGAAGAAGGUUCCUUAAAGCUGAAGCCUUUGUGAAUGAAGAUGGGUCUGAGCAGACCUCACAAGGUCGGCAAUGGAGUCUCCACCAGAUGGGUUUCUCUGUUUUGCAUUGCCAGUUUCUUCUUGGGUGUUCUUGUUGUCAACAGGUUUUGGGCUGCCAUCGAUGCAGAUGAAAUUGAUGAAGAGGCUUCAUCACUGGAGAAACAUCAAUCAAGAUCUCUUCACCCCGUUGUAAACUGUGAGAAGAAGGCAAACACUGACGAGGCAGGCGACAUCUUUUCUCAAGUCUCGCAAACACAUGAUGUGAUCAGGAAGCUAGACAAGACAAUAUCCUCAUUAGAGGUGCAGCUAGCAGCAGCUAGAGCGUCCAAAUCUGACAAUGAUGAAGGAUCUCCAGUGGUUACAAAAACAGGAAGCGAAUCAUUCAAGGAGCGCCAAAAGGUUUUCUUUGUCAUGGGAAUCAUGACUGCCUUCAGCAGCAGAAAGCGAAGGGACUCAAUCAGGGAAACAUGGAUGCCUGGAGGUGACGAGUUAAAGAAGUUAGAGACAGAGAAGGGAAUUAUAAUGCGGUUUGUUAUUGGACACAGUGCAUCCUCUGGUGGUGUUUUGGAUCGUGCCAUUGAUGCAGAAGAUGAGAAACAUAAGGAUUUUUUCCGACUGAACCAUAUAGAGGGAUACCACGAAUUGUCCUCAAAAACCCAAACAUAUUUUACAGCAGCUGUCAGCAAGUGGGAUGCUGACUUUUAUAUUAAAGUUGAUGAUGAUGUGCACAUAAAUCUUGGUAUGGUUGGUUCUACUUUGGCCCGCCAUAGAUCAAAGCCUCGUACGUAUAUUGGAUGCAUGAAGUCUGGACCUGUCCUGGCACAUCAGGGGGUCAAGUACCAUGAACCAGAAUAUUGGAAAUUUGGAGAGGAGGGAAAUAAAUAUUUCCGACAUGCAACAGGUCAAAUAUAUGCAAUUUCCAAAGAUUUGGCAACCUACAUUUCAGUGCAUAGGCACAUACUUCACAGAUAUGCAAAUGAAGAUGUUUCUCUGGGUUCUUGGUUUAUUGGUCUUGAUGUUCAGCACAUCGACGAGCGAAGCCUUUGCUGUGGGACUCCUCCAGAUUGCGAGUGGAAAGCUCAAGCCGGGAACCCUUGUGCUGCAUCAUUCGAUUGGAGCUGCAGUGGCAUAUGCAAAUCGGUGGAGAGAAUGGAGGAGGUGCACCAGAGAUGCGGAGAGGGUGACGAUGCGAUUUGGCACACCAGUUUCUAAAACUAGCUUCUGCUCGCUUCGAGUAUUGUAAUGUAAAUGUGUAUGCAUUAACAGAAAAAUUGGAUGAACGAACCAUCUGCCCCAUUUUUGCUCAUUCAUGCCCGGGACAGUUUGGCAUAUGAUUAAUUUAAUCCAUUUCACA